AUGCCAGAUACACACAGACUUGUAGGGAGUUUAAAAACUGAUCCACAUGCCUGGCCAUGGACUUGUCAAUUAGUUGCUGUAAAAGGAGAAAAUAAGAAAGAUAAUUCAACAACUAUAGUACAUAAAUGUGGAUGUGCUUUAAUUGAUAAUGAAUUUGUAGUUACUGCUGCACAUUGUUUUGCUAAAAGGUUUUUUACAGAAGUUCGAUUGGUCAUAUCGUGA